UCAGAAUCUCUAAAGAGCAUGCAGACUUCCAACGAAUUCUUUGGAGAAAAUCUAGUAAUCUUCCGUUAAAACAUUAUCGUAUGUUGACAGUAACUUAUGGCACAGCUUGUGCUCCAUUUUUGGCUGUACGCACUUUGUAUCAACUCGCAAUCGAUUCAGCAGAAACACACCCGCGAGCUUCGGAAGUAUUGCUAAAUGACUUUUACGUUGAUGACGUAAUGACUGGGGCUGAUUCUAUAGAAGAAGUUACGUCUCUCCGCCAAGAACUUGUUAGUCUUCUCAAAUCUGCUGGCUUAAAUCUUCGGAAGUGGACAACAAACUGUUGGCCUCUUCUUCUCAGUUUGCCAGAAGAACAACGCGAGAUGUCACCAAAGGAGUUUGAAGAAUACAGCUCAGUCAAACUUCUCGGCUUGCAGUGGUCUCCUGCAAAUGAUUCGUUUUCCUACAAAGUCAAUUUAAAUGAUAAAGCGUCAUCAACAAAGCGUCAAAUACUUUCAGAAUCUUCAAGAAUUUUCGAUCCUAUCGGUUUUCUCACUCCUGUCGUUAUUGGUAUCAAAAUAUUGUUUCAAGAACUCUGGCGGAAAAAGUAUAAAUGGGAUGACGUCAUAUCUUCAGAGCAUGCCAAAAGAUGGCACUGCAUUCGCGACGAUCUUCCAAACCUCGAAAAAAUAAAAAUUCCACGAAUCAUGUGGACAUCGAAAGAAAACGUCGAAUAUCACGCAUUUUGCGAUGCAUCUCUAGAUGCUUACGCAGCUGUUAUAUAUUGUAGAAGCGUAGAUUCGUCUGGAAAUAUUAAUAGCAACAUAGUCGCAGCAAAAAGCAAAGUAGCUCCCAUCAAAGUUGUCUCUCUUCCGCGUCUUGAACUCUGUGGAGCAGUUCUACUAACUCGGUUAGUAACAAAACUUAAAACUUCUUUACAAGAUAAAGAAAUAAAAGUUGUAGCUUGGACUGACUCCGCAAUCGUCCUCCAUUGGCUAUCGGCAUUACCAAAGAGGUGGUCAGUUUUCAUCGGGAAUCGUACUUCAGAAAUUCUCUCUGCGAUACCUAGAGAAUCAUGGAACCACGUACGAUCUGAACAAAACCCAGCUGACUGUGCCUCUCGCGGUAUUCCACCUUCUGAUUUACUCCAAAAUGAGUUAUGGUGGACCGGACCAUCGUGGAUUACAAAAGAACGGGACCAGUGGCCAAAAUCGGAAUAUUCAGUGGAUAAUAUCAAAUCUGACGACUUUGAAAGACGAAAAAAGCAGCCGACUUAUGCUUUUGUGUCAAAACUAGACCCUACAAAUAUUUUUUGCAAAGUUAUCGAUGAUUCGUCUCGUUUUUUAAAAUCUAUUCGUGUGCUCGGUUUCAUAUUUCGGUUUAUAGCAAAUAUUCGUGAACUUGUUUCUAUAAGAAAAAUGCUAACAAUUGGUGAAAUCUGUGAUCCCGUAAAAAUCGCUGAACUAAAGAAAUUUUUGCUGAAUUCUCGUGAUAAAUCUGCCCCUAAAACGCAAUCUCUGGCUUUGUCUUCUCUCGAAAUUUCCAUUGCAAAGACCAAACUAAUAAAAUUUCACCAACAUCUAAGUUUUCCGCUAGAAAUAAACAGUAUAAAAAGUGGUGUGAAUCUCUCAAAAGGUAAUAAGCUAGCAUCUUUAGCACCGUUUGUGGAUGACCAAGGACUUUUGCGCGUCGGGGGUCGUAUCCAAGAAUCAAAUGUAGCUUAUUCCGCAAAACACCCCAUCAUUCUCGACAAAAACACCCGAAUUGCAAAACUUAUCGUCGAUCAUUUCCAUAGUUCAAAUUGCCAUGCAGGUGUUUCUCUUUUAUUCGCCAUUCUAAGACAAGAAUAUUACAUUAUCGGUUGUAGGAAUCUGCUACGUAAAAUAGUCCAUAAAUGUGUUCCGUGCUUCCGCCAACAAAAGGCAACUUCGACCCAGCAAAUGGGCAAUCUGCCGGCAGAUCGUGUCCUCUUUUCGCGACCGUUCAGCAAGGUUGGUGUAGACUACGCAGGUCCUAUAACAUUACGACUAGCUCGAGGACGAAACCCAAAAUUUACAAAGGCUUAUAUCGCUCUAUUCAUUUGUUUUUCAACAAAGGCUAUCCAUAUAGAGUUGGUUAGUGACCUCUCUUCAAACGCCUUUCUCGCAGCCCUUGAUCGUUUUGCGUCGCGUCGUGGUAAACCGUCGGAAAUCUGGAGCGAUAAUGGAACAAACUUCCAUGGAGCUAAUCGGUGUCUCGACGAAAUGUUCCAACUACUCCAAAGUCAGCAGCACAACGACAUGGUUACUGAUCAUCUAUCCAAAGACAAAAUUUCGUGGAAUUUUAUUCCCCCUUCCUCUCCUCACUUUGGUGGAUUGUGGGAGGCGGGGGUCAAAUCCGUCAAAUUCCACUUGAAUCGAGUAGUUAAGGAUCAUCGGCUGACUUAUGAGGAGAUGUAUACUCUCCUGACACAAAUCGAAGCACUGCUGAACUCUCGACCUAUGUGGCCGACAUCGGAUAUGGAUCCGAUAGCUCUCAGUCCAGCUCAUUUUCUGAUUGUCACUCAAACAAGGUUUUUGGAAGCGGUGGCACUCCGAAUAUUUGACAUCGUUGCAACAACGUCCAAAAUGGCAAGGUGUCAAACCCGAUCUCAAACCUGGUGAUGUAGUCAUGCUAAAGGACUCAAAUCUUCCACCAGCCAAAUGGAUACUUGGGCGGGUGAAGGAAGUCCAUCCAGGAAAAGAUAAACUGGUACGCGUUGCCACUAUUACCACACAAACUGGAGACUACGUUAGACCAA